UGAAUUUCCUCUGAGAUGGAAGUGAGAUGUCGUCCAGCGGUGAUGUGUUGUGUUUUUGCCAUCCUCUCCUCCGUGGUUCCCCGCUCGCUGGAGUCCUCUUACAGGGACAGACAGUACCUGAACGAGUGGGCAGUGGAGAUCCCGGGCGGGCUGGCCGCUGCAGAGGGGAUCGCCAGAGAACUGGACUACCAACUAGUCCGACAGAUUGGGGCCCUGAAAGACCAUUUCUUGUUCAAACACCGCAGUCACCCUAGCAGAAUGAAACGAAGCGCCGACCACAUCACCAGGCGGCUUUCAGAGGAUGAUCGGGUGUUGUGGGCAGAGCAGCAGUACGAGAAACGUCGUAACAAGCGGGCGUCCCUCGGGGGUUGCAGGGACUGCCCGGUGGAUAAGCUGUUUGAUGAUCCCAUGUGGAACCAGCAGUGGUACCUGCAAGACACACGGACGUCUUCCUCGCUGCCGAAGCUGGACCUGCACGUGAUCCCCGUGUGGCAGAAAGGCAUCACAGGGAAAGGAGUGGUCAUCACCGUUCUGGAUGACGGGCUGGAGUGGAACCACACAGACAUCUACUCCAACUACGACGCAGCAGCCAGCUACGAUUUCAACGACAACGACCCGGACCCCUUCCCCAGAUACGACUCCACUAAUGAAAACAAACAUGGGACCAGGUGUGCUGGGGAGAUCGCUAUGCAGGCAGACAACAACAAAUGUGGUGUUGGAGUGGCAUACAAUUCCAAGGUUGGAGGGAUCCGGAUGCUGGAUGGGAUAGUGACUGAUGCCAUCGAGGCAAGUUCUAUUGGGUUCAAUCCAGAACACGUGGACAUCUACAGUGCCAGCUGGGGACCCAACGAUGAUGGCAAGACGGUGGAGGGCCCUGGUCGCCUGGCCCAGAAGGCAUUUGAAUACGGCAUCCAGAAGGGUCGCGGUGGGAAAGGCUCUAUCUUCGUUUGGGCGUCAGGUAAUGGUGGCCGCCAGGGCGAUAACUGCGACUGCGACGGUUACACAGACAGCAUCUACACCAUCUCAAUCAGCAGCGCCUCCCAGCAGGGCCUGUCCCCGUGGUACGCUGAGAAGUGCUCCUCCACUCUGGCCACAGCAUACAGCAGUGGAGACUACACCGACCAGAGGAUUACUAGUGCUGAUCUCCACAAUGAGUGCACUCAGACUCACACUGGAACGUCAGCCUCUGCUCCUCUAGCGGCUGGAAUCUUUGCCUUGGCACUGGAACAAAACCCAGAUCUUACCUGGAGAGACCUGCAGCACAUUGUGGUCUGGACCUCAGAGUUCGAUCCUUUGGCCAAUAACCCAGGCUGGAAGAGGAACGGAGCAGGGCUGAUGGUCAACAGCCGCUUUGGCUUUGGCCUUCUCAACGCUAAAGCCCUGGUGGACCUCGCUGACCCGGCCACCUGGAAGCAUGUGCCUGAAAAAAAGCAAUGCAUCGUCAGGGAUGACUCUUUCCAGCCCAGGGAGCUGAAAGCAGCAGGAGAGAUCACUAUAGAGAUUCCAACUAAAGCCUGUGUUGGGCAGGAGAACGCAGUCCACUCAUUGGAGCACGUGCAGGUCGAGGCCAGUAUCGAAUAUACCAGGAGAGGGGACCUGCACAUAACACUCACCUCGCCAGCCGGUACCAGUACAGUGCUGCUGGCUGAGCGAGAGAGGGACACAUCUGCUAACGGCUUCAGAAACUGGGACUUCAUGUCGGUCCAUACGUGGGGAGAAGAUCCUGCCGGCACAUGGACCCUAAAGAUCACAGAUACUUCGGGCCGUAUGGAGAACGAGGGUCGGAUUUUGAACUGGAAGCUGAUUCUUCAUGGAACGUCAGAGAAGCCGGAGCACAUGAAGAAACCCAGAGUGUACAUUCCCUACAACGCUGUGCAGAAUGACCGCCGUGGUGUGGAACAUAUGGAUGACAUGAUGGAGGAGCCCACACGGGCAUAUCCACCUCCAAAGAGCGACACAGCACAAGCCUCCCUUCCUUCCAACCCAGAGAAGGAGCCUAAAAAGCCCUCAAAUCCACCCUACUCCCCCUCCCUGGCCCUGCUGCGUCUCCUUCAGACAGCCUUUAACAGGCAGACACCUGCCCUGCAGCAGCCCCAUUCCGUAGUCAGGGCCUCAACCGCCUCGAGGAAGCAGCAGCUGGACUGGAGCCUCCCUCCCCCUGCGACAAGACUCCCACCUCAGAAGUUGUACCAGGCUCUGGACAUGAUCAACAAGUACCGGGGCCCAGAGGACAGUGUCUACAGUGACUACACUGAUAGCUUCUACAGCACCAAGCCGUACAGGCAUAGAGAUGACCGACUCCUGCAGGCCCUGUUUGAGAUGCUAGAUGAUGAGCGCAAGUGAGAAGAGAGGAGAAUAAAGGGGGGGGGAGGAGAAGAAAUAUAUGUAAAAAGUGGGGAAGCUUGAUCAUGUGUUGGUUGGGGAGCAGAGGAACAAGGCAAGAGAGGAAGCAGAGGGACGGGAUCGGGCAUUAGAGGAGUGGAGGAGAGAAGAAGAAAUACAGGAAAGAGAACUCUUCCACUCUGUUCUGUUUUCCCCACAAAAUGCUGCAAAUCUGAUCUCUUUACCUUCAUUUGCCAAUCACCAUUCAUUAACUAAUUAUUUCAUUCGGCCAUGCAAAAUUUCCAGUCCACACGUGAGUCAAAACAUGGACUCAUUGAGAGCUUUUCUGUUCUAAACUGUAUCUCCAUGUAGUGAAAGUAAAGCAUUUAAAUCCUAAGAAAGGAGGGGUAGGCCUAGUCGCUCUUCUCUUCACUGCCUGCUCAAGCAUGCCACCUUUUACAAUAUAAGUUCUCUAUUAGUAUCUAUAUAUAUACAUAUGAUCUAUUUAUUAUAAAAGACAAUGAUUGUAAUAUGGUUUUGAAAACACUUGCCAGCUAAAAUCUUCACUUUCAAAAAUCCAGUUUCUAUUUGUAUUUUGCCAUUUACAUUUAGAUCCCUAAAGGAACGGACAUAAUGUCAUUAAAUUAAGAGUCAGCAUACUUUCAAAAUGAAACUAAAUUUUAAAUUGAUCAGCAAUUUGAGCUGUGUUGACAAAAGAUUUAUUCUCAGGGUGUCAACAAAGCUCAUGAGAGCAACAAAAUCAUAUUAAAAAGUAUUAAGAGAAGUAUAGAGCGUGUGAAAGAUUAUAUAUUAUAAGAGCAUGCAGAUGAGAUAAUACAGUCACACCAAUACACUAUUAAAAGAGAGAAAACACAACCAACCUCUACUCUGGUAAAAAAAAAACAAACAAACAAACAGAUUAAUCUUCUUCUCGUGCAAUUUGUUUAAGUUUGUAUGAGUACAAUGCUGCAUUAAAUGAAAUAUUUUUCUAAGGAUUCUCAUAGAAUAAUAAAGAAAUAAUAAUAUAAUAUAUACAGUAUCAAACCCAUAAACAGUUUAUUUUCUUGUAGCAUAGUUCAAUUAACACUGCAAAGUCAGUGUAGUUAUAACUACAAGUGAACACUGCCAGAAUCUUUGCUUUAAAAAAGCUUGUGUGUAUUUCAGUAAAUGUGCAAAUGGCUAAUAUGUUGUUUGUUCAUCAUCUGCAAUAUGCCAACUCCAAACAGUUCCUUGAAUCUUGGACAGAUUAGUGCAUUACUAAUACUUCUCUGGUAUUAUUAAAUUGGUGUUAACGGACCUAUCACACUUCAGAAGCUGAGCAGAGGCUCUGUAGAAUAGGGGCUCUGCCUCAGCACCGCAACCUUAUAGCACAUUCAUCUUGAACGCCUUAAUAUAUGCUGUAAUAAAUGUGCAUACUCAUCUCCACAUGGUGUAGAUCAAUUUACAAAUGCUAGUGUAAGUGUUUAUGACAUGAAUAGUUAUCAAUCCUCUAUGCAGAGUCUCUAUCCUCCAGCUUGGAACUGCCUGCCCCGCUUCUCUGCCAACAAGAUGGAAGGAAAAAAAAAAAAGAUGUUUGGGACGCUUCACAUGCACCCUGUAAUUUAUCCAUUCUUUAGUGCAGCCCAUUCAGUUUUCUUAAUGUUUUUGUUUUGUGACUGAUGCUUCAGUCCAAAGUUGUUUACACAAACCACUAUUACGUUACAAUUUCUGUAUGGAUGUACAAAAAAAAUAGAUGAGAUUUAUCGUAAUAAACUGCAAAGUGA